AUGGCGUCCAGCGUAGAUGCCAAGCUGAUAAGGCGGACUAAGUUCCCCCCUGAGUUCAGCAAGAAGGUAGAUAUGACCAAGGUCAAUAUCGAAGUUAUGAAGAAAUGGAUUGCAAGUCAAAUCUCCAAGAUAUUGGGGAACGAGGAUGACGUCGUUAUCGAGCUCUGCUUCGCGCAUCUUGAGGGGGCACGCUACCCCGAUAUCAAAUCUCUCCAAAUCCAACUCACCGGAUUUCUAGACAAAGAUACCGCCAAGUUCUGUCAGGAGCUGUGGUCGCUGUGCCUAAGCGGUCAGGCCAAUCCACAGGGCGUCCCGAAGGAGCUCCUGGAGGCCAAAAAGCUUGAGCUCAUACAAGAGAAGGUGAUUCUCGAGGCUGAGAAAGCCAGCGAGGCACUUCGUCGCCGACGCGAACAAGACCAGAAUCGCGAACGAGAGCUGGACGAUGUGAGACGCCGCGAGCGACCAGACCACGAUUCUCGCCUCCCAGAGACCGAAACCGCAGCCGCGACCGAUUCCGUGAGCCUCCAUUGCGACGCGACUUGGACUCCUACGUGCCACCUGGUAAUCGGCGCCGCCGAUCCUCUCGCUCUCCCCACGGCACCCGUUCUCCAUCUGGAACCCCAAAGCCGUCGUCCCCAUCUCGCCGAAACCGCGACGAACCACACCACAGACGACGCGAACGCCCAAGCAUCUCAGUCUCUCCCGAGCGACGCCGCGGAGGAGCGAGAAGGCGCAGCAGUCCGGAUUACGGUGACCGUGUUAAAGCAAGACCCAUUUCCCGCAGCCGUUCCCCGCGCUCACGUUCCCCCAGAGGAAACCGCCGCCGAAGCUCCGUCUCUCGCAGCCGCAGUGUAUCUCGCUCGCGAUCCCGCCGCCCGUCUGGACGUUAUGCCCGCCACGAUUCCCGUCGCUUAA